AUGCCGGCAUUAACCACCGUUGUCGCCAUUGCGGUCUCCUGCGGUGUCGUUUUCAUCGUGACGACAGUCGUCGGUACCAUCGUAUGGGUGAGGAUUCGCCAGGAACGCAUGUCGCUCGCCGUGGCCAACUCCCGACACGGCCCAUACGUCCAUGGCCUGCAAACCUUCCCUACCGAGACUUUGACGGAGUUGUCGCGCGAAGAAGGCUCCGCACUCAGACAAUAUGGUCAAUUGCCAUACGGAAGGCCCAAUGAAUGGGGUCUAUUGGCGUCGAGAGAAAGUUUGGUCCAGUCAACGGCCGACUCUGAAGCUUCGUCUAACUUUAUGGAGAAGGCGCGCGGACUGCGGCAAUCUCUCUCGCAGUCCCUGCCGUGCUCCCAGUCUGUUCGACGAUCAAGGAGUUUUGUACGACCCCGAAGGCUGAGCUCUCUAGCACCACUGAAGGAGACGCUGGAGAAGGAUCCGUCCCUUCCGCAUGCCAACAGCUCACAGAAUGACGACAGGCCGAUCUCUGCGGUCGAGGGAGCCUUCGAAUUGCCGACAGAAAGGACACCUCGACAUACACCGGAACGAGACGACGAGAACCCCUCUAGCGUGGAUUCGAACAUACGCCACAUGUCCGGUCAAUGGAUCGGAGCGCAUCAGAGAGAACGCUCGGGCAGCCUCUUUCCGGUAAUGGAAGACAAUCUGCAAGGAUUUGAGCAAGGGCGGCCACGAGGAGGUAGUAUAACCGCUCAGUCGGCUGGGCUUAUGCCAGAACAUCCAGUCCCUCCGCCUCCCAGUGCUUAUCCACCGAAUCGAUUCCGUCUCUCGAAGAAUGACUCGAUCGGUCUCUCCUCGCUAAGUCUCGAAACGGCCGACAGCUCGAUCCUGGACGACAGCCGCAGAGCCUCUGGGGCGAUCGAUGGUGAUUUCGUCUCACCUGCUCUGCCACCCUGUCCCACGUUCGCGCCGUAUAGCGCCAACGACGUCGGACGCAUGGAAUAUGACCGACGAAGCUUCCUUACGUCCAGCUCUAUCGUGCCGGCGCCCUUCAUUUUCCCUCCCAGUUCCCCGGCGCGAGAAGUCCAGAGAGUAGAACCUGAUCGGCACUCUCCUCGCCGUAGUCUGACUGCACGGAGCCCAAGCCACUCAUCGGACAGAAUGGGCCCAGCACCGCGAAGGAGCGAGUCACUGUCCACCGCCACCAAUCAAUCCAGAAGAGAAUCCAUGUAUGCGGACCUGGACCUCAUUCCUCCCCUGAACACGACGACUCGAAACUCGGCCUUGCUUCCCCAUUUCAGCCAGAUGCAACGGCAUUCUGUUUACAGCAGCCCUCAGCGAGAACAGGAUCCAUUCAUCGCCAGCGCCCACAGUGUGAGCGGGUACAUCGGCAAUGCAAAUGCACCAGGUCGUCGACCGAACAGUUUCUCCAUCCAAGAAACUCAUUUGCAGACCUCGAUCACCCACCCUAGACCCCCUUUGCCAUCGGCAAUGAAAGGGGGCAGCGGGCCACGGAAAGGCCAUCGGCGACAGAACUGUGUGCGCAUAUCAAUUAAUCCUCCCAUCACCUUUGGGGCACCUACAUUCUCGCCCAUGGUGGAAGAAGAGGCCGAAGAACCAGACGAUGGCGAUGGACGCCGAUCAGAAGUUUCGGACCUCUCAACCCCUAAUAUGUCGUUGUUGAAUUCUAGCGUUUCCUCCCUGUCGAUGAACCGGAACAGUUACCAUGGAUUCGCAGAGGACCGACCCAAGACGAUAGAAGCGCCCGAAAGCCGACCCGUCUCCUCGUACAAAAGUCCGACCAAGAAAAGGAAGCACACUCGCCAUGACUCCGCGGACAGCAUAAUAAGCACCUCGAACAACGGCAAGACGCUUCCUGAGCUCGUGACUUCUUUGCAUACUGCCACCGAAAUGUCACGUACCCCUUCACCUGACAAACACACGCCAGUCUGGAUAGUGCCAGAUUAUAACGCAUCGCCUACAGUCUAUGAGAAUUCACCCAGCCCCGGUAGUCCUCGUCGGUCAGGGGUUAAGGGCCCUCGCAGCCAGCCUGUGAGGUCAGCUCGCAAUAGUUUUCGCGCCAUGCCCUUGGAGGAGAAUCCUCCCAGUCCGACAGAACGGGUGCCUCGUACACAGAGUAUGCGGGAGUCAACCAAACCGACCGAGUCGUUGCAGCGCGCAAAGAGUUGUGCUGUAGAAUCGCCAUCAUCCACGGCAGGUCGAACAACGAAUUCGAAGACGGAUCGACGGAAUAGCCGGUCGUCGAUGACACCACAGCAGCAAUUGCCUCCUAGCAUCAACCAAACGCCCUGGCCACACGGCGGGCGGAUUGUUCCUAUCUGGGAGGAUCGAACCCUAGAGCAACAGCAAUCAGCACAAAAGCCCACAGUCUCCUUCGUCAACGAACCUGCAGAGCUACAAGGAGAUGUAUUGCCAACGCCCAAACGAGACCCUUCCAGGGGAAGACAGACGUCAAGGCCGGCAUUCACGACCCCGGUAAAGAAGACGGUGGGGUUGGGGAUUGGCGCUGCGACUCCGGGCAGUCUGUAUGAUGGAGAUGGCUUCCUAAAAGAGGGAUAA